AACAAAUUGCUGCCUAAGAAAAGCAGAUAGCAUGCUACAUCUGGAAAAUUCUUGGACCUCUCUGUCCAUUACACUGCUGACAUUUCUGAUUUUGAAACCAUCAAAAUCAAAUUGUUUAGCUGACUUCAAGCCAAAUAUUGUUCUGUUACUAGCCGAUGAUCUUGGUAUUGGAGACGUAGGCUGCUAUGGUAAUAAUACAAUAAGGACACCAAAUAUUGACAGUCUUGCCAAUGAAGGGGUGAAACUUACUCAGCACAUAGCAGCAGCUUCUGUUUGUACCCCCAGUAGAGCUGCUUUCUUAACUGGAAGAUACCCUAUUCGAUCAGGCAUGGCUUCCUAUAAUGGCCUUCCUGUUCUUCAAUGGACUGCGGCAUCUGGAGGGCUCCCUUCCAAUGAAACAACUUUUGCAAAGAUACUACAAAAAGAAGGCUAUGCUACUGGACUAAUAGGAAAAUGGCACCUGGGACUCAAUUGUGAAUGAACUGAUCACUGUCAUCAUCCAUUGAACCAUGGUUUUGACUUUUUUUAUGGAAUGCCAUUUUCCUUAAUGGGUGAUUGUGAAUAUUCAGCACUAUCUGAGAAGCGUGCAAAUCUAGAGAUGAGACUUUACUUUUAUAUUCAGAUCAUAGUCCUGGCUAUAUUCACAUUUACCAUUGGUAGGUUCACUGGCAUAUUGCCAGUUCCAUGGAAGAUAACGAUAGGCAUUGCCAUCAUUGGUUUCCUACUUUUCCUGACAUGGCACUUCCUUUAUAUCUUGAUUAAGUACGGGGACUGUUUUCUGAUGCGAAACCACACUAUUACAGAGCAACCCAUGAUCUUCAAAAGAACUACCUCCCUUAUACUGAAAGAAGCAGUUUCAUUUAUUGAAAGGAAGAAGCAUGGGCCUUUCCUCCUCGUCAUUUCCUUCUUACAUGUACACACACCACUUGUUACUGCAGAGAAGUUUCUUCAAAGUAGCAAUCAUGGAUUAUAUGGGGAUAAUGUAGAGGAGAUGGACUGGAUGGUGGGUGAAGUUCUUGAGACUUUGGACAAUGAAGGCCUGACCAAAAGUACGCUGGUUUAUUUUGCCUCUGACAAUGGUGGGUCUUUAGAGUCCCAAAUAGGAAAUGAACAGCAUGGUGGCUGGAAUGGAAUAUAUAAAGGAGGCAAAGGCAUGGGAGGCUGGGAUGGUGGCAUUCGGGUCCCAGGGAUAUUGCGGUGGCCUGGAGUCUUGCCAGCAGGUUUUGCGAUUGAUGAACCUACAAGCCUGAUGGAUAUCUACCCAACAGUGACACAUUUGGGGGGUGAAGUGCCCCAAGAUAGAGUGAUUGACGGCCGAGACCUGAUGCCUCUACUUCAAGGAGUUCAUCAAGUGCAUCAUGAAUUCAUGUUUCAUUAUUGUGAUGCAUAUUUGCAUGCAGUUCGGUGGCAUCAAAAGGACAGUGGUACAGUGUGGAAAGUACAUUAUGUGACCCCAAUAUUCCACCCAGAGGGCUCUGGUGCUUGCUAUGGAAGAGGAGUUUGCCCGUGUUUUGGAAAGGGCGUAACUCACCAUGACCCACCUUUGGUGUUUGAUCUCUCAAGGGAUCCUUCUGAGGCUAACCCCCUUUCACCUGAUACUGAGCCCCUGAUUGGUUCAGUAAUUGAAAGAGUAGAACAUGCUGUACAAGAACACAGGGUUACACUAACACCAGUUCCGCAGCAGCUCAGCACUUUUAAUAACAUCUGGAAACCAUGGCUUCAGCCAUGUUGUGGCACAUUCCCGCUAUGUUGGUGUGAUUGGGAAGAUGACCCCAAAUAAGAGAAUGUUGGGAUUGUAUAGGUGACGAAAGUUCCUCUGUAUCUUCACUUGAGGUUCAUAUGGAGAACCAUUGUACAAUUGCCAAUGCAGAAUGCGUUAUCCAAAAUAAAAUGUAGUGUGUUUAAAAUGCC